GUUAUCGAAACUUCUCGAAUCGUGUGUGUCAGCGCUACCUAACCUCAAAAACAAACGUCACUCAUUCUCUUUCGAACAGCGGCAACAGCAAUAACGUGAGGCACGAGUUCUAUUAUUUUCACAUAGAAAUUAAUUAAAAACAGCGAUAAAUAUGUUUGGUGGACAACAACCAAUACUCGUGUUGAGUCAAAACACAAAAAGAGAAUCGGGCCGCAAAGUGCAGUUGGAGAAUAUUCAAGCCGGAAAGGCAAUUGCUGAUGUGAUACGCACCUGCCUGGGCCCACAGGCCAUGCUGAAAAUGCUGAUGGAUCCCAUGGGUGGUAUUGUUAUGACCAAUGAUGGUAACGCCAUAUUGCGUGAGAUCACCGUGCAGCAUCCGGCUGCGAAGAGCAUGAUUGAGAUUGCCCGCACACAGGACGAGGAGGUUGGCGAUGGCACCACCUCGGUUAUUGUUCUCGCCGGUGAGAUGCUCGCCGCCGCUGAGCCAUUCCUGCAACAGCAAAUCCAUCCGACUGUGAUCAUUCGUGCCUAUCGCGAGGCCCUCGAGGACAUUGUCAACUAUUUGCAGUCUGAUUUGAGUGUGCAACUGGAUGUCAAGGAUAAGACCAAAAUGGCCGAUGUGGUCAAAGCAUGCGUCGGCACCAAAUUCAUUGGCAAGUGGUCCGACAUGGCUGUCAAAAUUGCACUGGAUGCCGUUGAAACGGUCACCCUCAAUGAGAAUGGACGUUUGGAGGUUGACAUCAAGCGCUAUGCCAAAGUGGAGAAGAUUCCUGGUGGCGCUAUUGAAGAUUCCUGUGUGCUGAAGGGUGUCAUGAUUAACAAGGAUGUGACGCAUCCCAAGAUGCGUCGCUACAUUGAGAAUCCACGCAUUGUGCUGCUGGAUUGCUCGCUGGAGUACAAGAAGGGCGAGAGCCAGACAAAUGUGGAGAUCAUUGGUGAACAGGACUUCACUCGCAUGCUCCAAAUCGAAGAGGAGUUUGUGCAGCGCGUCUGCGCUGACAUAAUCGCCGUCAAGCCAGAUAUUGUGUUCACCGAAAAGGGUGUCUCCGAUCUGGCCCAGCACUAUCUGCUCAAGGCGGGCAUCACGGCCAUCCGACGACUGCGCAAGACGGACAACUUGCGUAUUGCGCGCGCCUGUGGUGCGACUAUUGUGAAUCGCACUGAGGAGCUGACCGACAAGGAUGUGGGCACCGGUGCCGGACUCUUUGAAAUCAAGAAAAUUGGCGAUGAGUAUUUCACGUUUGUUACACAGUGCAAGGAUCCCAAAGCCUGCACCAUAUUGCUGCGCGGUGCCAGCAAGGACAUUCUCAAUGAAACGGAGCGUAAUCUUCAGGAUGCUCUGCAUGUGGCACGCAAUUUGGUGCUGGAGCCACGUCUCGUGGCCGGUGGUGGCGCUGUCGAAAUGGCUGCCUCCCAGCUGCUCACCCGUAAGCAGGUGAAAGGUCCAUACACGGCCGUGGCACACGCCCUGGAAAUCAUACCACGUACACUGGCCCAAAAUUGUGGCGCCAAUACCAUUCGUGCAUUGACCGCUCUGCGCGCCAAGCAUGCCUCCCACACGGCCGCCGGCGUCUGUCCCUGGGGCAUUGAUGGCGAAUCGGGCGAAAUUGUCGACAUGAAUGUGAAGAACAUCUGGGAGCCGCUUGCCGUCAAGUUGCAAAUAUACAAAACGGCUGUGGAGACAGCCAUUCUGCUGUUACGCAUUGAUGACAUUGUCUCCGGCUCAAAGAAGCGCGGCGGCAACGAGCCCACCAACCCGGCUGCCAUGGCUCAGGGUCAUGAGUAGGGCAUAAAGAACAACAAAUACACGUGUAUUAAUAAUGCUUACCUUAAUACUUAAUUUAACACACACAACAAACAAAACACACACAACAAACAAAACACACACAACAAACAAAACACACACAACAAACAAAACACACACAACGCAAACACUUCAAAUGUUUAACAUUUCGCCUGCCCCCCUCUCUUCACAUACAAAAUUUUUGUUGCAUUUGCUCUCAUUAACAGUACACAAA